CAAGAUGGCGGAUGGUACAGCAAGUUUACUUCUAUGAUUCAUAGUCAUGCCCGAAAAUGUGGUUCCAAACUUUGAAGACGAGGCAUUCCGUUCGUUCAUUUUCUACGGAAAAUAGUCAAGGGUUAGUGCUAGGACUGGAAUACACAGACCGGAAAACAGAAAUACAUGCUUUGAAGGUAACACAACUAAGCUUUCAAUUCAAAAUUUUCGUUUGAUCGAUAUGUGGAUCUGUGUUACAGUAGCUCGCCAAUGCAAACUUUAAGAUCAGAAACGAUCAUAGAAAAACUCAUAACUACGACUAGAUCAGAGUUCAGUGUUUGGUAUUUAAAAUCUUGGAUACGUUGUAAGAGAGCUCGAGGAGGCUUAAUACCUCUUAGUACAGCAAUCUCAAAGAAACCAGAUAACAUACAGCUGUAAACAAUAUCUACAUGCGCAGUUUCAUAUUCUGUCACUUCAUGCCAUGUAUUUACAGAAAGAAACACCACCUUUAUUACUGGAGGAAGGAGUAAGUACAGUAUUUGCAACGCAUGAAAAUGGAGGAAUGUCAUUGUUAGGGAUUUCUCAUUCCGGGAAAGGAAAGUCGUGCAUAGAGAUCAGAGCUUGGGAUGUCAUGAGCUCACUUGGAUUUACUGCAAAGGAGAUCCUGGUACAAGACCUUCAGAGGAAUACAAUCAAUGAUGGCAAAUUUAAGUAUGUAGACAUACUGAUCAAGAUUAAUGUUGCAAGAGAUUAUGAGGGUGGAUGUUGAUGACAGGGCAAAGCCUGAAUUAACAUUUACAUUAAAAAAAAACACAACACUAUGGCUUUAGUCAUUUUUCCACACAAUACUGGCUUUCUGUAUCUCUCUACAACAAGGAAUUAAAAAAAAAACUUUGCAAUUUAUAUCUGCUAAGUAAGCUGGGAACAUAAUUGGCAAGACCAGUUAAUCACAGUACAGUAAAUGUUCAUAAAAAAAAGGCCUUGAAAGCAACAACAACACUCCUCUUUUAAAAUGGUUAUAAAAUACUGAAAAUGGCUUUAGAGUGUGACCUAAUGAUCAAAACUUUCUGGAGAGGAUGCCCUCUUAGACCCCCUCCCCCCCUUCUUCUCCAUCCAAUGCCCAGCCUCUCAGGGUUGAGCCUGUAGUCCACUACAAUUCAUAUAUGCCUCAAUCUGUACAACCUCUUGGCUCCAUCACUUCAAAAAUUAGCUAAAUUUGUUUGUGUGGCCUGCAUUUACAUUUACAUAAUGUUUCCCUUUCUUACCUCAUCAAAGCGACUGGAAGCAUAUAUUCAAGUAGUACCCAGAUAGCUGGGUAAAGCCACCCAAAAAAAGGCUUUUUUUGAUGUCAAAACAUUAUAAAAUUUUAAUAAUGUCUUGGUACCAUUGACUGUCUUUCAUAAUACACAAACAUUGGGUUGUAUACAAUAUAACGUCUAGAAUAUUAGUAAAGUUGCAUUCUAUCUCUUUUUAUUAUCUUUAGAGCUAUUAUCAGUCUUCCAGAGAGCUUAGGAACACACCUUUUUCUUAAGAUGGCAGUUCUGAACAACUUUGUAUCACUAGCUGUAUCAUCAGGAUUGAUAAUUUUAUGGAGAUGUAGAAAGGUACAUGUAUAGUUUUAUAUCAUAUGUUAUUAUGUGCAGACCUUACUAGUUUAUAGGUUAUGUUAAACUAAGUGUAUAUUCUUUCUUUAUAUUGUUUCACACAAAAUGAUUUUAGGAAAACAGAAUUUACAUGUAGGAUAUACAUAAAUGCGUUAUUUUAAAUUUUACUCAUCAAGAAAAUUAUGUGUCAAAGUUUUUACUUAUAAUAACUCAGAGAUUCUUUAAGAGCUAAUUACGCCAUGCCAAAAAAAUGUGCUCAAUUGUGGUAAGAAUGUAGAGAUUACAUGGCAUCACUAGGUUGUGUUUUAUCAUUACAUACCUAUUAUAAAUGAACUAAACUUGUAAUUCUGUUAUGAUAAAGCAUCCGUCUCAAGAACUGUUGACAGAGCCACUAAUGUCGUACAUCCAUCAAUUUUUAACUUCCCCCCCAUGGGCCACCCUCUAGGCAUCUGAACUUUUGAAGAUUGGUUUGUUGAAAUUCCCCUCCCCCAUCCCUUUGGGCAUGGACCAUGGUUGAAUGCCAGUGGGUUACCCAGGAGGGGGAGUGUUUAACUUUCAAACUGAAUAGCACAUAAGAUGAAAACAUUUUUUUCCCUGUUAUUCUGUACAGGUGGAGAAUCAAGCAAUUAGCCUUGAGCUAGUUUCUAUGAUGACAUCAGCUACAAACAUUCAUGAUGUAGCACUGGUUUUUGAUGAAAAUAGCACAGAAAAAGGUACUCUUGGCAGGUUUUUUUAUCAUUUAAAAAGCAAAGUGGUUUUAAUAAUUAAAACUUAACUAUUGGUUAUUAGUUAAGUUACUUAAAUCUCAGGUUUUUUUAACACUCAAAGCAAAGUGGUUUUGAUCAUUAAAAGGUAACCAGAGGUUAAGUUAAGUUACUUAAAUCUCAGGUUUUUUUAUCAUUCAAAAAGGAAAGUGGUUUUGUUAAUUUAAACCUUACUAGUGGAGAAUACUGGGGCAAAGGGGUUUUUGUUUUUGAGAGGGAAUGUUAAGAAAGAGAAGUAAAUUUUAUGUAUUCUUUACCUCAAAAGAACUUAGUUAAAUGUCAAAACCCAUGCCAUAAUUUAAUGCAUGAAAUAGAAAUCCAAGUUAUUUUGGUUUAUACAACUAUUUCUUUCAUACAUACUGAGAUUUACACUGUGAAGUACUACUGUAUAUGUCUCUGAUUGGAUGAAUGAUGUAUUUUCACAUUUAUGCACUUCGCACUUCACGGUGUAAAUCUCAGUAUGAAUGAAAUAAAAUCUUACCAGUGAACAAUUGUAUUCACAACUUGCAAUGCAUUGAAAAACUUGUUUAUUCACUUGGCUCGCUUCUUUGUUGUUUUGAUGCAUUGCAACUUGUGGGUUUAAAAUUGUUUGUGCACACUUUCCAUGGAAUAAUCUCUCUAUAAUGUACAGUUUGCAUAUAAUGUAGGUUUAUCAGACUGCUGGUGGGAACUUAUCAUUUUUUCAAACUGUGAAGCAAAUAGGGGCAUAAUGCUGUCACUCCACUUGCAUAAGAGGUAGUUUCCAUCAAAGGCUAGACAUCCUCCCACCCCAAAUAGCAUUUUUUAGACUGAAAGUGCCACAAUUGAGAAAAGGAUAUGCUUAGAAAAUCAAUAAGCCAUUCAGGGCUGGAUCCCAGACCUUUCAGUCCAAAAUCACAAAUUCUAACCAUUAUUGCCAACCUAUCCAGUUGCUAAGCAUAUGUUUGAAUAGGUUUUGUGAAAGGGACCUGUUCAAAGGGAUAUCUUAAGAUGACCUGCACCUAUAGUAAAGAUUAAAAAACUUUUAGAAACAUAACUCUCUAUUAUGUUAUGCUUAUUACAAUUCAAUGGUAAAUAAUGGAGGUCAUCAACUGCAUUAUUGAAUUACAGGAAAUUGGAGCUAAAAGUAGGGGAAUUACUAGAUGAUAUGUCAGUAACUUGAAUAUAGGGAAAAUCAAACCUAGUUGUAAUAAUGUGGUAUUAUUUUGAAUCAUGUCAAAAGAAACAAAGGUCAAAAGUGUGGUGGUAUAAUUUGUUUCAAAAUUUACCAAAACCAGUUUUAGAUACCCUCAACAGGAUUUUCCAUGUGUUUGCUUUGGACCCAGUCCAUUCCUAUUCUUUUAACUGCAGAAGUUCCUUUGCAGUUCUUAUUUACUCUAUCUUACAUUGUAGCUACAUGUUGUUAAUUGAGUUUUCCUGCAUUUAUAUAUUGGGCAUUGUGUGUAAGAACUGUUUAAUGAAAUAUCUUCUCAGGUCCCCCAUUGUUAGUAGUUGGUGAGUCUGGAGGCAUCAGACUUUAUUCAGUCACCCAACACACAGGUAUGUAUGAUGCGUUUUUACCCUAAGAAACAGGUUAACAUGUAAUUAGAUCAAGGGUUACAGAAACUGACAAUGGUGCCAAAAUGGGUAAAAUGUACAGGUGUGGGCUCACAAUUGUAUUAUCAUCUUUUAUCUAACUGAUAUACAUGUGCCAGCUUGUAUUUGCUUUUGCUCAAUCAGUAUUUUUUUGUUUUUCAGAUGUAACGUCUGAGGAUAGUGACAUGAAAUUUUCAAGCACACAUAUUCCUUUCCCUUCAUCGGAUGUUGGUAACACUGUGCAAGGUUUGAAUAAGUAUACGAGUUUAGUAAAAUUACUAUCAGUUUAAAUGAUAAAUGGCAAAGUAACCUAAGUAUUAUAGAACAUCCAGGAAUUGAAACACAAACAACGAGAUACGAUAGCAUUCCCGUAGGUCAUGAAAUAUUCUGAGUUGUUUCAUUUACCAGUUAUACAGCUCUCCAGAACUGUAACAUUUCUUAUUUAUACUGUGCCUCUAGAAAUCCAGAGUGUAUUGCCAUACAGUUGUGUAUUGUCUGACAGCUCUGGUCGACUAUGGUACCUUCAUCCUCUUAAUCUGCAAGAGAUUCUGUUACCAAGCAGUCAAGGUGGCCAUGGUGUUUUUGCUGUCCAAAUGAAAGAAGGCCAAGCAGAAGGUAAGGUGAUUUUUUUGACUGAGGUACAUGUAGCUUGCUAUAUUUACACCAGGCUUGGCAUCACCUAAGGUGAAAGGAUCUUGCCAGGAGUAGCACUUAAAUGCACAUAAGCAUCAUGUACCUCAGAAAUAAAUACAUUUUCAGAGGGACCUGAUGAAAUUGCUGAGAAAAUCAUUACCUUGCAGUAGUGUCAACUCUAAAAUGAAACCUGAUUCCAUGAAAAUGUGCUUUGAGUUUGUUGUUGGCUCCCUUCCUUGCUUUUAAGACUUUCUCCAAGUUAUAUGGUUUUCCUUUUAUGACAAUAUUCAACGCACCAAAAACCAACUAUGUGACUGUUUGUUUGUGGUCAGUCAAGUUUGAGGUGCCAGGCUCUUGUGGCUAGGCAAAUCACCAAUUAACAUUUUGAGAGUGAGUGAGUUUUGAUUUUGAUAUCUCAACCACCAAACAGGUCUUAAAUUUGAACCCCUAAAACGUUUUGAACUCUCUUCUCCAGGAUGGCUUGCAACCGUUGAUCAAGGCCAAACUGUUAACCUGUAUAAGAUGAGCGAUGUUAUAAAGAAAACAGAUGCAGGAGUGAUUACACAGCCUUGGCAUGUAGUUUUAUCACAGCACUGCAUUAGCACAAUUUCAUUCAUUGAAGACAAUGUACUUGCUGGUGGCUCAAAUUCUCUGAAAUCCAUGUCACUGUGGGUGGGAGUCGACCGUAUUGGGUCAACCAAACUGGAAAGUGGCUAUACUUAAUCUACUGAUCCAUUAAAUUUGUAGGAUAUUUAGUUUUCUUGUACCAGCAGAUUUACUUCAUCACGCUUCAUUCAAGGUUGUUUAUCGUUUUACCAUGUCGUCAAGUGAAACAUUACGCACUGUUUUUCUUACAUAAUCCAUACAUACACCUUGUUUAAAUGUGGACAUAUUUACAUUUAGCUACAAGCUUAGUAGAGACAUUUCAUCAAAAUUGCUUUAUAUGUAUCAAAAAAUAUUAUUAAACAUCUACA